GGCUCCGGCUCCGGCUCCGCUCGGUGCGCGGCUCCGGGGGUCCCGGCCCAUGGCGGGGCGCUGAGCCCCCCGACCCCCACCAUGCUCUGGGGGGGCCUCCUCCUGCUCUGCCUGCUCCGCGGGGCGCUGGGCGCAGGACGCCCCCCCGGGAGCGAGGGACGGAGAGCUCCGGACGCGGCCGAGGGGACCCGCAUCAGCCAGGACCUGGGGGGCGGCAGCCUGGCCAUCGACACCCUGCCGGCCAGCGAGACCCGCGUCGUGGAGGACAACCACAGCUACUACGUGUCGCGGACCUACGGCCCGGGGGACGCGCGGCGCGGGGCGCUCUGGGUGGACAUGGCAGCGGCCAACGGGAGCCACGUGAAGGUCCACGGGAUCCUCUCCAACACGCACCGGCAGGCCUCGAGGAUUGUCCUGUCCUUUGACUUCCCCUUCUACGGCCACCUCCUGCGGCAGGUCACCAUCGCCACCGGCGGUUUUAUCUUCACGGGGGACGUCAUCCACCGCAUGCUGACGGCCACGCAGUACAUCGCCCCCCUCAUGGCCAACUUCAACCCCAGCUACUCUCAGAACUCCACCGUGCAGUACCUGGACAACGGGACGGUGUUUGUGGUGCAGUGGGACAAGGUUUAUCUGCAGGGCAAGGAGGACAUGGGCAGCUUCACCUUCCAGGCCGCCCUGCACAGCAGCGGGAGGAUCGUCUUCGGCUACAAGGAGAUCCCGGUGCCCGUCCUGCAGAUCAGUGCCAGCCAGCACCCCGUGAAGGCCGGGCUCUCCGACGCCUUCAUGGUCCUCAACCCUUCUCCCGACGUGCCUGAGUCGCGGCGCCGGACGAUCUACGAGUACCACCGCGUGGAGCUGGACACCAGCAGGAUCAGCAGCCUGUCGGCCGUGGAGUUCACCCCGCUGCCCACCUGCCUGCAGCACCGGAGCUGCGAAACGUGCGUGGGCUCGGAGCUGACCUUCAACUGCAGCUGGUGCCACGUCCUGCAGAGGUGCUCCAGCGGCUUCGAUCGGUACCGGGAGGAGUGGCUGAGCUACGGCUGCGGCCAGUCGGAUGAAAGCACCUGUGAGGAUUUGGCGGAGGGCGGUCACUACUCGGCGUCCCCGGGCAGCUCCGUGUCACCGCAGCCCGGCCGUGUCACCUCCCCCACGGCCUCGCUCUUCCUCGACAGCCUCACCACCGAAGAUGACACCAAACUCAACCGGCUGGCAGGAGGAGAGGGGAGCGGCCGCCCCUCGCGCGGCGCCGGCGCCGCCGUCCCCACGGGCGCCGUGGUGGCCGCCGUGGUGGCCGUGCUGGUGCUGGCCGGGAUCCUCCUGGCCGGGAUCUACGUCCGCGGCCGCCCCACGUCCGGCGCCGCGCUCUUCUUCAUCGAGCGGAGGCCGCACCGCUGGCCCGCCAUGAAAUUCCGGAACCACGGCAACCACGCCUCGUACGCCGAGGUGGAGGCGGCCAGCCAGGAAAAGGAGGGAUUUGUGGAGGCCGAGCAGUGCUGAGCGCUUCUCCCGAGGAAUCCGUCCCGAGGAAUCCGUCCCGAGGAAUCCUGAGGAAUCCCAAGGAAUCUAUGCUGAGGAAUCCCAAAGAAUCCUGAGGAAUCGUGAGGAAACCUGAAGAAUCCAUCCCGAGGAGUCAAUCCCAAGGAAAUCAUCCUGACGAAUCCCGAGGAAUCCAUCCUGAGGAAUCCUGAGGAAUCCCGAGGAAUCUAUGCCAAGGAAUCCAUCGUGAGGAAUCCCAAGGAAUCCUGAGAAAUCCAUCCCAAGGAAACCAUCCUGACGAAUCCUGAGGAAUCUAUGCCGAGGAAUCCAUCCCGAGGAAUCCUGAGGAAUCCAUCCUGAGGAAUCCAUCCUGACGAAUCCUGAGGAAUCCAUCCUGAGGAAUCCAUCCUGAGGAAUACAUCCUGAAGAAUCCUGAAGAAUCCUGAGGAAUCAAUCCCAAGAAAUCCCAAGAAAUCCCAAUGAAUCCAUCCCAAGGAAUCCCAAGGAAUCUGUCCUGAGGAAUCCUGAGGAAUUUUGAGGAAUCCCAAGGAAUCCAUCCUGAGGAAUCCCAAGGAAUCCCAAGGAAUCCCAAGGAAUCCCGAGCCUCCCGUGCCCCAAAGCGCCGGAAUUUUCCGUUGCCCCAUUGCCGAGUCUGUCCCUUCCACCCCCUGCUGCAGGGAAGGGGAAUUUGGUUAAUUUUGAGGACAAAGCCUUUAUUUUGAGGAUUCACCUCCAGGAUGCGUGUGGCCCCACGGCUUUGCUGCACUUCUUGGGCACUUAAUUAAUUUGCUAAAUUGCUAAUUGUGACCCUCGGCCCUGGAGGAGACAGAGAAGGGGGGGAAAUAAAUCUGAGAUUCCGCCAAAAUUCAUCCUCUGGUGGCCACGGAUGCAGCGGGAACAGAGAGGGAUUUGGGGACAAAACUCUGGGCUAAAUCCAGGAUUCAGAUCCGUGAGGAGCGCCUGGACAUCGCAGGGAACCUCAAAAGCACCCCCUUAACGUCAUCAGUUUUAGGUUUUUUUCUGAUUUUGCUCCCGUUUCCCCCUGUCUGGGAUGACCCCCUGCCUUUGGAUGGAUUUUGGGAUCCCCCGACCCCAAGGGAGGCUUUGAGUCGGGACCUCUCAGCGUUUUCUCCUCCUCCUGUGCCACCAAAACUCAGGGUUCAGCUGCAAAAUAAUCCCCAAAAUCGGGCCCUAAACUGAGGGGAGAAAAAAGCCAAAGCCAGAAUCCCAAAUCCAGGUAAAUUUUCAUUCCCCCACCACAAAUGCUGCUGGAUUAUGGAGUUUUCCCCCCUCUUUAUUUUUAAUUUUCUCCUGCUCCUCAGUUCUUUGUCCUGAUAAUCAAAUUUGGGGCGUAUUUUAUCCCCUGGCUGGCUCAGCUGUCACUGCUGCUGAUUAGUGCCAAAGGCAGGGUCUGACUAAUUAAUAUUUUCCUCCUCAUCUCCUGAAUUUAUGGAACAAUUACAGAGAACUAGGGAUGUUUGGUGGCACUCAGACCCCAAAUUCGAGGUUUUUUUUUGCUGCAUUUUAUGCUGCAAAAGCACCAAAAUGCUCCAGCUGCGUCGUGGUCGUGCCCCAGAUUUGGAAGUUUUAUUCCCAAAUCGAGAAUUUCCCGAGAAAUUGGUUCUUUCCCCCAAAGUGGGGAGAAAAAGGGAGAAUUUAUCACCCAGUUUUUACCCCAAAUCUGAUCUCCUUUGUAAUGGUGAUGAGUUAAUGAGGGUUUUCCUCUGGAUUUCACUUUUUUUCCAAUGGUUAAAUCUUGAAUUAUGAAUUCCAAUCGUUCUAGGGCUGGUUUUUCCUGGUUUUCUGCACAUGGGAACAGCAAGGUUUUGGGUCCUUCUCUUCCCCCGCAGCCCCUGGAACUGCUGGGAGCCAUCCAAGAGUUCUGAAAUGCCAGGGAUUUAAAAGAAAACCACAUUUUAAAGAGCAGGAAUUGUACCAGUCCCUGGGGUUUGUGCUGCAGCUGGGAUUUUGGGAGAAAAUCCGGUUUUAGGGAAGGAUUCAGGUGAGGAAUCCUUCAAAUAUAAAAAAAAAAAAUCACUUCAAGGUCAUUCAUAACAUGAGAACUCUGGGCAUAAUUUCACAUCCAGGCUUCCUUUUAUCUGUUUGUUCCCAUUAGAAAAAUAAAUAAUAAAUAAAAUUGUUUUCCCAUUUUCCCAACACUCACGGCUCAGAAACGGCUGGAUUGGGAUCUGAAAAACUCCUGAAAUUCAGGGGGAUGCCAAAUUUGGAGUGCCUGGGGUAUAAAAAGCUCUUUAUUUUAAAUUAUUUUUAAUUUUUCCUUUUAAGGGAAGAACCAAACCCAGCCAGGAUCUGCACCAGGGGUUUGUGGUGCCUUCCUCAGGUUUGGGGUCUGGGCAUUCCCAGCUCCAGUUUUCCACUGGGGGCGGGAAUUUCACCCCUGGGCAGCUCCCACAGGGACAAUAUUCCCAAAUAUUCCGUGUGGUGGAAGAGGAGCUGGAAAUCUGGGAAAAUCCAGCUUAGGAAAAAAAAAAAAAAAAAAGGGAGAGAAAUGGCUUUUUCACCACCAAAUCCUGUCCAAAAAAGCAGAUUUUGGGUGCUCCACAUCCAUCCUGUGGGCAUCAAUCCUCCUUUUCCUGCCUGAUGAAUUCUGAGGUGCUGGAAAAUCUCAGUAUUGAAACAGGAAUGUGACAAUGAUGACCCAAAAUUUAGUUUAAUUUCGCUUCUGCAGCCACAUCCUGACCUUUUCCUCUGUGUCCCUCUGGAUUUUGGGCUCCUUUCGGUGUCCCUGCGUGUCCUGACCUGGCUGAGGGGCUGUGCCCCUCAAAAAAAAGGGGAAAAACCCCAAAUUCUGCUCCAAAUCCUCCAAUUCCAUCCCCUCUCUGUUCCCCUCUGAGCUGGGAAAAACCAGGAAAACACAACCCAAAUAUUUUGGGGCAAAAAUCUCCUUUUCUUUUUUUUUUUUUUUGGUAUUAAAAAGAAUUCUCUCCAUAACUAAAGGCUUCUUUUCCACACACACUUUGAUUUCCAGCAGAGUCUGGAGAUUUAUCCAGAUUUUCCUGCCUUUUUUUUGUGGAUUUUCUGCACGGGAUAAAGUUUGGAUAUGGAAUAAAAACCUUUUCCUUUUUCCAAAUCAA